AUGGGGAAUCUUCUUUGGCUUUUCGGUUUGCUCUGUGGCUCGCUCGUAGUGCUGAUCAAUGGAGAAUUUAUAGAGAAAUCACAGUAUCACCGUAUGCCGAAACUCUGGCAGAUGGAUGAUUACGACGAAUGUCUCGAAUCACCCGGUCCGGGAGAACCGCCGGGCGUGUACUGUGGUUUGUCCGUCGUACUGAAGCCCAACAAUCGGUCUGAGCUUUGGAAGCUGAUUGAGGAGUUUUCCAGCGACUAUAAGCGCCACUAUAACCAUCAAGUGCUCAAAUGGGGUGUUUGCAUCAGAAGGUGUCAAAAAGCAAUUGAAAAGCUCUCACCAGCGGAAAGAAAUGCACUAACGGUGGAGCCAUUCCCGAUUGAUGUUCGGUACAAAUUCAAUGAUGGCAUACUGGAAAACAUUCCUACGUACCGGGAGGCCUAUCACGAUGUUCUGGAAAUUUGCGUCAACAAGGAGCUUAACGAUACGUACGGUUUGGUCGCUCAUACCGAGAUACUUUCGUGUGACAAAUCCACCGAUGAGGUUGUUAUAGAUGCACUCGAUAUGUCCUUCCUUAUCGUUCUAUGCGCGCUUGUAUGCUUUGUGACGCUUUCCUCAUGGUACGAUAGCUCGAUCAACUACAAACGAACCUCCGACCACUACCGACAUCCGUUGGACAGCAAACGUAAAAUGGUUUGGGUAUCCUUCUCUAUUCAACGCAACUGGUACCGACUAACGUCGCGAUCGCACGACGAACUAAACCAAAAACUGCGCUUCUUCCAGGCGUUCCGAUUUAUCACAUUAUGGUUUGUAAUAAUUGGCCAUGUCUCCAUGCUGCUUUCUUUCACACCGACCACCGAUUCAGAAAAGCUUGAGAAAAUGAUGCACAACGUGGGCAGCAUGAUACUCACGAACGGUGUGCAGUUCACACAAACGUUUCUUGCGAUGAGUGGCACACUGUUAUCGAUACAGUUUUGUAGCUUUGCCGAGAAGCGGAAGGGAAAAGUCAGCUUCCUUUACAUUCCAUUGGCGAUCCUUUAUCGUUACGUCAGAUUAACUCCGGUGUAUGCGUUCAUGAUACUGCUGCAUGCCACGUGGCUGCUGAAGCUGCAAACUGGCCCUCUGUGGCGCUGGGGCGCCGAAACCGAACAAACAUCAUGCCGCCGGAACUGGUGGACGAACCUACUGUACAUCAACAACUACGUACAUGCUGAUGAGCCAUGUGUCCAGCAGGCAUGGUACCUUGGUGCCGAGUUUCAAAUAUUCAUCAUCGCACUGAUCGUGCUGGUUACGAUCGUAAAGAUCCCCCGUGCUAAGGUCCUUAUACUGGGAUUGGUGCUGCUUGCAGGCUACGUCAUUCCCGCGCUCUUCAUCUACUACCAAAAGCUAGAGGGAACGUACAUUAUCACUUUAGAAGCCCAACGGUAUAUCUUUUGGUACGACAAGUUCUACCUGCACGCAUACAUCCCGACUCACAUCAACUUCGGUAACUACAUCCAGGGCGUGCUGACGGGCGUUAUCUACAACGAGCUGCAGAAACGGUCGAUCAAUCUGGCCCAAAGUAAAGCAUUUAGCAUCGUGUGGCAUCUUACCUUCGUGAUCGUAUUCCUCUCGAUGUUGCCGUCCUACAUGUUCUACGUGAAUGACUUCCCCACGCCAUCGGUCUGGAUGGCUGCGUACUUUGUCGUGUCGAAGAAUCUGUACGGCAUCGGUGCAGUGAUCGUGAUUCUUGGCUGCAUUUACGGUGUGAACGGUGUGGUGAAGCGUAUACUUAACUAUCCGUUCUUUGAACCACUGGGAAGAUUGACGUACGGUGCUUACCUGGUGCAUUUCUCCGUGAUGCGCCUCAUGUUUUUCAGUGUACGGGCACCGGUUCACUACAGUGACUUACUGGCGCUUUCUCUGGUGUUUGGAGCAACGGUUAUGUCCCUCCUGAUGGCAUUGGUGCUUUGUCUGCUCAUUGAGCUCCCCACUACUGCGCUGCAGAAUCAUAUCUUUGGAAGCUUUAAAGAGCAAAAGUCGAACCCCGUGGAUCCAGAAACUGCCACCAAUGGUAACAUCAGCCCAGGCUUUGAGGGGAAGAAAAGUGAAAUAUAAGCAACAUGAGUGCAUUUUGUAG